UGGCAACAGUAGCGUCCUGAAUUGGGCUCGAGGAUAUACAGCAACCGACUUUUUUAUUUGCGGGGCGCAUGAAUUGGCCUAUCUUACAGUCUAACUAACAUCACAAAGUAAGGCAAUCAGUUCAUUGAUAACUGGUCCUCAAACGUCAUCUUAACAUCACAGAAAACCUGAGCUGGUUUGACUUCGCUACAUCAUGAAUGAACUGAAUGCUACUUAUGAUUAUGAUAUUGAAUAUGAAGACGAGAUCUGCAACAUAGAAGAGAUGCUGAAGGUCGGAUCCAUUCUCAUACCCAUCUUUUUCACACUAGUAGUUGUGUGGAGUUGUAUCGGUAACAUUCUGGUUCUCAUCGUCCUGGUGCUUUACGAGAGCCUCAGAUCCCUCACCAACAUCCUCAUUCUUAACUUAGCUCUGUCAGAUCUGCUAUUCACUUUUGGACUUCCAUUCUGGGUGUCAUACUACAUCUGGGGAUGGACGUUUGGAGACGUCGGCUGCAAAUUGGUGACAUUUGUGUUCUACGCUGGAUUUUAUAGCAGCGUGUUGUUCUUAACUCUAAUGACGGUUCAGUGCUACAUGGCAGUGGUUCAUCCCCUCUCGGACUGGGAGAGAUGCAGAGGAUUUUCAAUUGCUCCCAUUUUCAUCAUCUGGAUUCUGAGUGCAGGAGCGGCACUGCUAGUAACACUUCGAUUUAAAGUUGUAGAGGAAUCACCUACAAGUAUUUACUGUGCAUACCACAGUGUUCCAAUAAAACUUGCCAUCAAUUAUCUUCAAAAUUUUUGUUUCUUCAUAACAUAUCUCAUCAUGGGCUUUUGCUGUACUAGAAUGCUUCAAAUCAUAACCAAAGCACGAACAAAUAAGAGACACAAGACCGUUAGACUCAUACUUUGCAUUUCAUUGGUGUUUUUUAUUGGUUGGGCUCCAUUCAACAUUGUCAUGUUCCUCAGAUCUUUGAUAGAUCUUGGUUUUUCCCAGUUCACAAUAUGUGAAGUCAUCAUUAAGCUUGAAUAUGCAUUUUUUGCUUGUAGACUGUUAGCUUACUCACACUGUUGUCUGAACCCUGUGCUCUACAUGUUUGUUGAUGUGAAGUUCAGGAAUCAUUUAAAGGUGAUUCUGCGUAGAAUGUUUUAACAAAAAAAAAACUUGGAUUUCAGACCAAGCCAGGGGCGUCACUAGGCCCUUUUUAGGGGAGCUUUAGCCCCCCUAAACUUCUGCCCAGCCCCCUAAAAAUUAUUAGAUUAAUUAAUUUGUGAUCGCUUCAGUCCCCUUUAAAAACUUAUUUGAAACGGCGGCGCGAUGCGUCAAGUUUCGGCUCCUCCCCUGAUCUAAGUCUGCAUGGAUUCAGCGCGUUAUU